AUGCCACCUAAAAAGAGUAUCCAGAAAGUGAGCAACAAAAUUGCCUCCAAGGGACCCAAGAAGUCAGCUGGUAACAAGAACAACAGCAAAGACAACACUCCAAAGCCCAAGAAGACCAAAGAGCAAAAGGAAAAGGACAGAAUUCCUGACUUUGUACCAGUUCCAGAGAACGACAAUGAAGAUGAUAUUGCUAUCUCUGAUGACGAUCUUGAAUUUUUCGCUGAUAACAAGUCAUUUACUUCCUUUCUGACUGGAUUGGAUCAGAAUGAGCUUUCUAGAAACACUGCCAAAAAGGACAAAAAGAGCAAGGUCAAGAAAGCAGCUCCAAAAAAGGAAGAAAAGGACGAGGAUAACGAGGGCCUUGCAUCAUCUUCAGAAGAAGAGUUCAAUUCAGACGAUGAUUUGGAUAAUUUCGAAGAGAUGAGCGACGAUGAGUUAGCGUUAUUGGAGGAAGCCAAUGAAUCAGAGGACGAUGUUGAUUUGGAUGAUGAGGAGGAAAUGGAGCAACUCUUGGCUCAACAGCAACAGCAGCAAUCCCAGCAGAGCAAGAAGAAAGCGGCCAAGAUGGACAAUGAAUCCGAUGAAGAGAUGGAUUACGAAAUGAAGCCUAGAAAGGUGGCCAGUGAGUGGACUCGCAAAGACUAUCAUACGAAGCUUCCCAUCAAGUUGGCCUCUGGCAAAAUUCAUCAAUUGGACGAGAAUCAAGACUCAGAGGAAGAAGAGGAAGAGGUGCCCGCAGCACCUCCUGCCCCAGCUGUUGAAGAGAAGCAAGAGGAAGAAGAAGAAGUGGAAGAGCAACCCAAACUGUCAAAGAGAGAGUAUCUCAUCAAGAAAAAGGAAGAAUUAGCGCUGAUAGCUAGCAAUCUCCAAGGAGAUCCUGAGGAAUAUGUGUCCCAAUUGAAGACCCUUCGUACAAUCUAUCGAGAUGACAAUGUCACUGUCAAAAAAUUGGCAUUGCUCACACAACUGGCUGUAUACAAGGAUAUCAUUCCUGGUUAUCGUAUUCGUCCUUUAACAGCACUAGAGGAAGAGGCUCAAGUUUCCAGAGAAGUAAAAAAGAUGAGAGAGUACGAAAAAGCAUUGCUUAGCAACUACGAAAUGUACCUCAAGGAUUUGAAUGUCUUAUUGACUAAAAAAAAGACUGAGGAAGAUGCCUCCUUGGCGUUUGUGGCUACUCGCUGUUUAUGUGAGCUGUUGAUUGCAAAGACUCAUUUCAAUUUUCGUUUGGAGAUCAUGGUCGCUGUAGUCACACGCAUGAGCACUAUCAAAUGGAAUGAAGCAGCUCAAUUGUGUAGCGAGGCGUUGGUCACCGUGUUUGAAAACGACGAAUCAGGUAGAUCUUCGCUGGACGCAGUGAAAAUGAUCAUUCGUAUGGUCAAAUCCAAGGGCUUUGCUAUCAGUGAAAAUGCCAUCAAUGUCUUUUUACAUUUGCGUCUCAAAGAUGAAAUGGCCCACAACUAUGCCAAGGACAAUAACGAUGAUCAAGUUGGUAAAAAGAGAAAGAACAACAGCAAGCCAUUUUUGACAAAGAAGGCUCGCAAGACAUUGAAAGAGACCAGAGAGAUUGAAAGGGAGUUCCAGGAGGCAGAGGCUGUAGUCAGCAAAGAAGAAAAAGAGAAAAAUCACACCGAAACCCUCAAAUUGAUCUUCACAUUCUAUUUUAGAAUUCUGAAAAAGCAAACCUCUUCUCCUCUAUUACCAGCAGUUUUGGAAGGUCUUUCACGAUUUGCUCAUUUGAUUAGUGUGGAUUUCUUUGACGAUCUCUUGAACGCACUCAAGGAUGUGAUGCACUCCUUUGAGGACUCCAAUGACAUUUCUCGCACAAGCAGUGGCACUCGCAAGAGAUUGCUCUGUAUUAUUACUGCAUUCCAGCUGCUGUCGGGCCAAGGCGAGGCUUUCAACUACGAUCUCAAGGAUUUCUAUACCGAGAUUUACAACAUUUUAUUCAAAGCAAGCUAUCAUACCAAAAUUGAGGAUAAGCCUGAAUCACAAAAGGAGACCGAGAGCGAAAUGUUGAUUAAGGGGCUUGAAUUGAUGUUCUUGAAGAAACGCCAGAUUCCCGUUAACCGAUUAGCUGCAUUUACAAAGAGAUUCACUUUGGUUGCACUAAACAUGCCUAAUAAGACAGUUUUACAAUGUCUUGCUUUGGUAGAUAGACUUGUACAGAAAGACCACCGUUUAGAUGCGCUUUUGCAAUCAGAAGAUAGAGCAUCAAGUGGUAUCUAUGCUCCCUUAUUAGAAGAUCCCGAGCUCUGUAAUCCCUUUGGUACAAGUCUAUACGAACUUUUCCUGUAUCAGAACCAUUACGACCCUAAUGUACGCACCAUUGCAAAAGCACUACAAAAAUCAGCACAGUAG